ACUUCCUCUGCACUCGGCAUUUCCUCUUCUCCGAGGAUCUUGUAUUUCUACGCGCUGUGCACGGCUUUCAGGGUUAUCAUCAGCAGAACUGUCAGUGAAAAUAUCUAGGUGUGGUUUAUCCUUCCUCUGCACUCGGCAUUUCCUCUUCUCCGGAGAUCAUAUAUUUCUACGCGCUGUGCACGGCUUUCAGGGUUAUCAUCAGGAUUCUCCUCCCUCUGCACUGGACUUUCCUCUUCUCCGGAGAUCUUGUAUUUCUAUACGCUGUGUACGGCUUUCGGGGGAUUUUAUCAUCUUACGAGGUUCAGGAAUGGAUAAUAAAGCUUCCAGAGACGAUGAUGAGACCCGGCAGUUCUACCAGAAGCUCCGUCAGUAUGAAGAUCACUUCCUGAGGAUGACGUAUGAAUAUUUCCAGGAUGAUCUGCUCCACAUUGUGGAGAACAUGAGUCUUCAACCACUUCUGAGUGAACUACAUUCCCGAAAUCUCCCGGAUACUGAGAAAUACCAGAGUCUAGAACAUGAUGGAAGAAGAUUGGCGCGGACUUUACUACAGGAUAUAUUUCUCAGAGGAAGAGAAGCUGUGAUAGGACUGUGGGUCAGUAUCUAUGUAUUACGGAGACGUCAUGGUUCCCCCGGCCUGGACGCUGUACUGGAGGAACUCCGACAUAGAGGUGACACUCUGGUGGAGCAAAUCCUGCUGGAUGAACAUGGACACCAACUGUCCCCACAACUCGAAGAUUUCCAGAUCCGUCACAAGAAACAUUUACAUGAAAGAACUGAGAAACUUCUAGAGAACAAUCCUCCAACAUGUGACCAGCGAGAGGAGAGUUUUCCAUUCUCUACACGUUAUGUCAACCUCAUCAUUGUCUCCACUGAUCACUUCAGAGAACGCUCUGAGAAUGAGCUCAUAAAGACCGGGGUAAAACAUGAGGAAUACUUAAAGAGAAAACACAAUGAAUUACUACACAUUUCCCCCAACAAACUGUUCCGCUGGUGCCACCGUUUCAGACUUGUGCCACGUAUGGUAAUGGUGAGCGGAGUGCCCGGUGUAGGGAAGACCACACUGAUGCAGAAGGUUGUCUAUGACUGGGUGAAGGGGGAUCUCUAUCAAAGAUUCUCCUUUGUCUUUUUCUUCAAAUUCCGAGAACUCAACAGACUGGUUAAAGUUAGUCUGGACUCUCUAAUCCUUCAUCAGUACCCAUAUCUGGAGGAGCAGCUUAGUAACAUCUUACAGGAACCAGAAAAACUUCUCUUUAUAUUUGAUGGUUUAGAUGAAAGUCUUCAUAACAUGGAUUUCGCAUCACGUUACUUGUGCUCUAAUCCUACACAGCUCGAACCUUGUGGUCAGAUUGUGGUUAGUUUGGUGAGAAAGUCUCUUCUUGAUGGUUGUUCUGUCCUAAUGACCAGUCGCCCAACCAGACUGGCAUCAAUUGAUUGUACAGUUUUCCAGAGAAUAGUAGAAAUCACUGGGUUUUUACCGGAAGAACGACGGAUGUACUUUCAAAACUUCUUCCCCGACCCUGAAAUGGCAGAAAAGGCUUUUAAUUAUGUGAAGCAGAAUGGGACCCUGUACACGUUCUGUUACCUCCCGUCCUACUGCUGGAUCAUCUGUACAGUAUUAUCCAGGAGCUUCCAGCCAACAAGUAGUGAUCAGCCGGUGUCAUUAUUACCCAAAACCGUCACCCAGCUCUUUGCGAUAUUUGUUGCCAACAUCCUGUCCAAUCACAGCCUGCACAAAAGUGACGCUCAGAAGAUCCUGCAGUCCAUCGGAUGGAUGGCAGAACAUGGAGUCAUGAAUCACAGGCUUAUCUUUGAUGAACGAGAUCUGGACUGUUUCCAUGUGGACAAUAAGUCAAAGCUCUUAUCAAGUUUUCUGAUGGAAUCGGAAGAACCUGUGUCCUAUUCCUUCUUACAUCUCACUGUUCAGGAAUUCUUCUCUGCCUUGGUGCAUUAUGUGGAUUAUUCUCCUGAGAAGUUACAGAAAUCACUAAAAGAUGCCAAAUCAUAUCCCGAUGGACGAGGUGAGAUGUUCCUCCGUUUCCUAUGUGGUCUAUCAGACGGCUCCACCAGGUCAAUGCUAACUGGAUACCUGGAAGAACAAGCAGCUCAGGCCUCCAGAGAUGUUAUCACUUGGCUGAAGGACUUCAUUCUAGAAGAAAAGUGGACGUUGGAUAACAAGCGACAUCUUCUCAGUACAUUUUUCUAUCUGUAUGAAUCCCGGAAUAAGGCUCUGGUGCUGGAAUCACUACAAUCACACAGAAGUCUUGACUUCUCUCAUGUUCGUAUGUCUGCUCUAGACUGCACAGUGUUGGCAUUUAUUCUGGACACCUGCACAAAUAUAGAAGAACUCAAUCUAUAUGGAUGUUCCUUAGACACCGAAGGAUUAGAAAGACUUGCUCCAGCGUUACAUAACCUGCAGGAUCUAAGGUAA